AUCGUUUCGCACGUGUGGCUACAUUGACUGCAUUGCUUUUAAAUAAUUACAAGAGUAUUUAAAUUUAAAUAACAAAAAUGAAUGAAUCCGAGGUAAUGGAAGUGGAUCAAAUGGAGUGCGAUGUUUGCGGCGAGCGCUGUUUCCAAGAACGAGAAGGUUUUUACUACUGCAUCGAAUGUGGCACCAAAAAAGAGCAAUUGCGUGCAGUGGAAAUAAGCGCCGAGGACACAUUUAAUGACACCGCCAAGCACACAACUCAACGCACCAUCAAAAAGACGAAAAUCAAAGCGGAGGAAAACGAUAUAACAUCCUGGGAGUUUUACAACUACGUGCUACGUGGCUUUUUGCAGGAGCUGAUUCAAAUGGGUGCCAAACCAGAACUCAAACUGAUGACACUCCAAGUCUGGGCUGCCUACAUGGGACGCAUGGAGGUCGCAUUCUGCAAAAACAACGAAUUGGGACUCCCAAAACUAAAUGUGCGAGCAUUACAAAGAGACGCACGCAUCAUUUACAAUCACAAGCAGAAUAAACGAAAGCGCGAUCGACAAAUUAAAAAGUUACCUCAAGAUCUUGGGGAUGAGCGUUCUAACUGGCGUGAAUGGAGAAGGACAAAGCGUAAAUUAGAUGAGUCUGACUUUACUACCCAGAAGAAGAAGGGUGCAUUAUCUGAAUCCACGUUGCCAAGUAAUCCAAGUCUAAGACUGCAAUGGUCGACCAAUGCCCGUAAAUCCCUGAAACAACAGAUGCCGCUGAAACAUCUGGAUAAACAUAGUGUGGAUAGCGAGGGGAGUAUGCACUGUCAUCGAUUACAUCCCAAAGCCAGCACCUUGAACAAUUUCGAUCGCAACAUUUACUGUCUAAACAUAACCAAACUAUAUGUGGUAUUGGCUAUAGCCUUAAAUUUAGUAGAAGAUGAUAUCAAUCUGUUGGAUUUAUUGCGAUUCAUUGAUGAGGAGCAUCUCACCAGUCGCUAUAUGCUUCAAUAUCUGCCCGACAAUGUUGCCAUGCAGGGCAAGACUCUCAUCAAGCAGAUGGAAUUCGGUCACCAGACGGACAAGUGCCGUUACAAGUUUAUUCGAAAGCAAAUUGCACAAAUGUCUCGAUUCAUAGACCUGAAUGGAUUCCAGAAGCCCAAUCUCACGGCCCUUGCCGAGCGUUAUGUCCUAGAACUGAAUUUGCCGCCAGAAUUGGCUAGCUAUGUGAGCAGUUUAAUGGAUGUGUUGCCGCCAUCGUUUGAACCGGUUCAUGGACAGCACGUAUACCCUCGAUAUGAAGCACGCGUCAUGGCCUAUAUCAUAUACGUGUUGAAGCUGCUCUUCGGUCUUGAUGAUGUCAAGGAGCGGGCCAUAUCCGAUUCGGCAGUAGCUAUAAAUGCACGGCUCCAGCAACUGGCUGAUAGGCAGAAACGGAAAUCGCCGGAACAGGCAAUGGCGCCUCUUUUUGUCUACACCGAAUGGAUGGAAUUUGUGGAAAUGCGCAAGAUAUUGGUCGCUCAUUAUAGCGAAAGCUUUGCUCGCCGCUUCCAGGUACCCACUCAGAAUGGACGCAAGGUGCAUGAUUUUAUCAAUAAGGAGCGCAAGCAGCGGGAACAGGAAUACAACUACAAGGACAUGCUGGUGACGCCCGCCAUGCAGCGAAUGCAGGAAAAUCUUUGCCUGAUUUUUGAGAAGUUACUCCAUAAGGAAUUUGGACAACCCGACAGCAAAGAGACGCCGGAUCAUAUUGAAUUUCAACCUAGCUUAACACCCGCUCAUAGUUACUUUAAAAGGAUACUGCUGCAUGAAUCUAAAGAUGAGCUGAGUGUGAGAAUUCCCGACUUUUUGCACGUGGAUCACACAGAGCGUCAAUUGGCACCAUAUAAAAAUCAAACCUUGGAACUAUCACAAUAUUUAUUAAACCUAGGCAGGCAACAACUGAGAAUAGAGGAAUUAAGCUGUCAUUCGGAUUAUGAACAGGUUGGACUCUUUCACACCUUGCAAAAUAUACAAGAAUUAAAUAAGGAAAUACGCGCCAACUUUAAUAUAAAGACACCCGAUUGGAUUGAGGAACUUAGACAGCGUGAGAAACGUCCCAGUUUUGUAUUUCGUCCAGCUGUUGCUCAUUAUGGCAAACAGUAUCAAAAUAAGUUAAUAGAACGCGCACAGCGGCGACAAUUAUUAGAGGUGGACAAUCCAUUCUGGCAGUUAACAAAAACGCCCAAUUAUUUAUUAAAAUUAAAACAAGAAGAGAUACCACUAGAUAAUUUGAUGGCACUGCAAACAUUUGAUGAGCGGAAUAUGGAACCGUUGAGAGUACCGCUUAAAUUGCCACGUCGCCAGUUAACAGCAGUUACCAAGGAUUUAAACCAGCCCAAAUUGGAGAGACUACAGGAGCAGAAGGAGGACCAGGUGCAGGAACAGGAGCAGGAAGAGGAAGAUGAACAAGAGUUAUCGGAGCUGUUGCUGAAAAUAUCAAAUCACGAUUGUUGGCUUUUACAUGGUUAUAUGGCCAAAGUCAGAGAGUCGGAUAAACAAAAAUUGCGCACUCUUUUCCCCUGCUCAUUCCGUUGGCUCCUAGACACUUGUGCCUCAACCAUUGGCAUCGAAUGGGAAAUCCUCUAUGAGCAGCUGUUGGUCAUCGAGGUGAUGUUCCAUCAUGGCAUCGAGGACUGGAAUAAUCAUACCAAUCAUUUGAGUCUGAAGUACAAUAUAUUGAAUAAGGACAUUAGUUCGUUAACCAAAAUUUUUAGAGAUAUGUGGUAAAAAGUACGAUCUGUACCGCAAAUAUUAAAAACAGAUCUCAGAGACCGCAAAUAGUAACUAAUAGUUUAAAAAAACAGUGGCGAAAAAGGACAUUGGUUCGUUAACCAAAGUUUUUAGAGAUAUGUGGUAAGAAAUACGUAAUGUUUCUUGCAGAUAAAAGUAUAAUAUAAAAUUUAUUAUUCAUUUAUUAUCCCAAAUAAAAAAUUCAAAUAAAUCCAAUACAA